GUCUGCCCCUUUGUUCCCCCCGACUCUCCCUCAGCCGUUUCCCCUCCUCAUCCCUCCUGAUUCGAGCAGACGCACAACGGCACCAUGUCGGGCAGCGGGGGCUGCACACUCACUUAGUUCAGGAUCGCUGCACUUUAGAAAUCGUCGCUGUCAGCGCCCACCCUCACUCGGAGCCGAGGAGAGGCGUUUUAAUGCUGAUUUUACUCCUCGACAGACUGGAGGAGAAGUGUGGGAGAGGAGGAGAAGAGGAUCUGUGGGUCUGAUCGGCGCUGCUCUCGCCAGCUGCUGCUGUCCGCCGGAGUGAGGAGCCGAGCGGGUGUCCCUGUCCUGGCUAGGCGCUAACGCUAGGCUAGUGGAGGAUCCUGCACUGUGGGCUGCUGCAUUGAUAGCAUAUGGGAUUUGUUAUGGACUGGGGAUAUGAGGAGCCGCUGGAGUAGAUAAAGCUCCCCACAGAGUUAUUUCAUUCAUCUCAUCGAUACAAAGACCCAGAAGAACUGAUGGAGAGCUACUGGCAACGUUAUCUGGAGGCCUAGGCCACAAGACAUUGGACGCCAUACUUUCUCCUUGCAGCCAUUCCGUUACUAUUAUAUUGGAUGCAGCUGAACAAGCAGAAAAAGAGAAAGAAGGCCUUCUCUUUCCUCAGUGGACUCACAUAAUUCCAGAGUGAUGAAAAAGUUGGCUUGAAAAGCUGUGGUGCUUUGAGACAAAUCCAAGUGGAUACACAAGAGAAAAGUUAUAGUUAGACUCGUUUUGGCGCCAUCACUUUGUGGGUGGUGUAAUCUCUCAGGCAGGAAACACGUCCCUGUAGGAUGACCAGUCUCUUUCGACGGAGCAGCAGCAAUGGCAGCUCUCGUGGCGGCAGCGGAGGAGGCUCGACCACCGGAGAGCUCAAUAAUAGCAGGUCCAACCGACAGGUGCGGCGGCUGGAGUUCAACCAGGCCAUGGAGGACUUCAAAACCAUGUUCCCCAGCAUGGACUACGAGGUGAUCGAGUGUGUUCUGCGCUCUAACAAUGGGGCGGUGGAUGCUACCAUUGACCAGCUGUUGCAGAUGAGCAUUGAGGGCAACGGAUCGGACGAUAGCUCAGACUCUGACGACAGCAUCCCACCAGAGAUUCUAGAAAGAACCCUUGAGCCAGACAGCUCAGACGAGGAGCCACCUCCAGUCUACUCUCCGCCCGCCUAUGACAUGCAUAUAUAUGACAGGAAAUAUCCUAAUGCUCCGCCUACUCCACCCCCCAGGUUUGAAGCCCAACCCCCUCCAUCACAGCCCCUUUCAUCACAGCCCGCUCCAGCACAGCCCGCUCCAGCACAGCCCGCUCCAGGGCACCAGCAGACCCGCAGUUACAGGAAUUGGAACCCUCCAUUACUUGGCAACUUGCCGGAUGACUUCCUGCGAAUUUUACCCCAGCAGUUAGACAGUAUACAGAGCUCUCAGAGUGGUUUCUCUGACCCCUCUUCUUCCUCAGCGUCUUCCUUGUCAUCAGUGCCGCAGCGGGCUGCCUGCGCCGCUGCAGUGUCUGGAGCGUCUGAGCAGGAGCGAAAGCUGAAGCAGUACCUGGAGGAUGAGCGCAUCGCUCUCUUCCUGCAGAAUGAGGAAUUUAUGAAGGAGCUGCAGCGCAACCGGGAGUUCCUUAUCGCGCUGGAACGAGAUCGGCUGAAAUAUGAGUCAAAGAAAUCCAAGUCAGGUCAUUCAUCAGCUGGAAACUCAGCAGGUGACCACCACUACACUCCUGGAUCCAUAGAGGGAGUGUCAGAUGAUGCUUUGUUCAGAGACAAACUCAAGCACAUGGGAAAAUCCACCAGAAAGAAACUGUUUGAAAUUGCCAAAGGGUUUUCAGAAAAGACAAAGCGAAGAAAGUCCAAAAGGAAAACACUCCUGAGGCAUCAUUCACUAGGCACUGCCAACUCUACUGCCAAUUUAUUGGAUGAUGUGGAGGGAAACCCCUGUGAGGAAGAAAGUCAGCUCAGAAGAUUGGCCACUCAGGAAGAAGAGCGGCCCCACAGGGAAGCGCUUUCAUGAUCCCUCCAGCCAUUUGGCAUAUUCAAGGUUCCAUGGUGACAGCAGAAUGACCCAUGGCAGGUGGUCCUGUAGCUCUGUGGCUCUUCCCUUUAUUUCAGAGCAGCCUAUCACAGGCUCCAGAGGAACUGUCCCCGCUCACACAGAAAGGAACUGGUGAUUCUGAAGCAGCCUUGUAACGAGCAUAUAAUUAUCUGCAUUAUAUUAACUGUAUUAUAACUAUUUGUUAAUAUAUGGUUUCAUAUGUAAAAAUGAACAGAUACAGUAUUCAUUUCAUGAUUUUUUUUUUUCUCUCGGAGAAUCCCUGUAUAAUGAAAAUAAUUGAUUUGUACUAGUUUUUGUUUGUGGACUAAUUUUUACUUUACAUAUGAUUUUUUUUUCCCCCUAGUUAUUUAUGAUUUGAGCAACAUGUGGCUCAUUACUAUUUGAAAAGAAUGACAUUACAGAAUUUCUAGAUAUUGGUCCCAAGUAUUCAAUCCAACUAAUGGACAUAAGUUUCAGUGCAUUAAUGUGGAAUGUUUUCAACAGAGCAUCUGACUGAAUCCCCAAGAAUCCAACCCUUUAAGUAUUUGACACAUGAAAUGUAUUUACAGUGUCCACAUCUGAUUAGUCAGUCCAUUCUUACUGAUUACAGUAUCACCAAAAUGCCUUCCUAAUCCAUUUUCUGUAGAAUAGAGUUAAGGGCAUAUAAAUUGGUUAUUUCAGUGACCUCAUGCCUCCACACUGUACAACCACAAGCAAAACUAAUGGCUAAUUCAGCCAGUUCAAAUGGCAAAUUCUCAUCCUGCUACACUAUGUUCUCCUGUGUAGACAGAUGAUGUGCAGUCUGUGAUGCUGUUACAAUGCUUAAAUAAUUCCUAUUUUCCAAAAUCAAAUUUCAGAAGUGUUUUUUUUACACAAAUAUGGGCAAGGGCACAGAUCUAUGUGUGACCUUGCAUCUCUACUUGCACUGCCAUAUCUGUUUCAUAAUGUAUUUUAAUACAAAGUUUCUUUUCUAGCUUUUCUGGGAGAAAGAUACAUGAAAAGGUGAAGCCAGUAUUAAAAUAAUCUAAACAAAUUUAAUUUUAUGCCAGUAAAUUUUUUUAUUCUAAUAUUUUUUGGAUCAGCAGAAUGUGUUGCUGAAUUAGGUGCACAGAACAAUUUGACUGAUGCUGUCAUUGUUAGUUUUAUGGGUAGUUGAUAUUUGAAAUGAUUUGGGAUUCUGUGUAGAGCAGUGCGAUUCUGCAGGGUGGGAAAAUGUCUGUGCUGUGCAAGAACGCGACCUCCUGUACCAUUAAUAUUUAGCACCAACUCAGUGUGAUACUAGCAUAGUGGGAGAUUACUGUCUUUGUGUUGUCAUCACCUGCUUCCGUCAGUUCUCUGUCAGGAAAAUUACUUGUGCCAUCCACGUAGUGUGUCAUUAGUAAAUUUGACCUGCUUUUACAAAGGAUCUCUUAGGUUUUUAUUAUAGGGGAGCUCAUCUAGUGUGUUUGAAACACUGUUUGGCUGUCAAAUUUUGAAUAGACAUUUAUAUUUCACCCUUACUGGUUCUAGAAAGCACAUUUCUUCAGCUCUGGUCAUGCACAAUUCAGUGUUUUCCCUGUUAUAACAUUCUUGGUUUAGGUAAUGAUAAGCUUAAAGGUCUACUCUAACAUUUUUCAGCCUAAAAUUAAAAUAGCAUGGCUGCAGCACCUGUGCAUUGGCUCCAAUUAUGUGCUUACGGCCAACAAGUGUUCUGUUAUUUUACUAGGCACAGCAAAACAUGUUGAAAUUGUUGUCCUCAGUAAUCAUCUGUAUAGAUGCCACAAAUAGAGACUAGGUUUAAAAACACUGGAAUAUUCCUUUAACCUAUUAAUAUCUGAAAGAUUACACAUCAGUUCAUAUGUUCUCUGAGCUUAUGCUCAGUUUUGUAAAUGACUCAAACCAUAUGGCUGCAAAAGGAGUUUUAAUCACCUAAAGUUAAAAUAAACCACAGUUAACGAUUCUGGAGAACGAUUAUUGAUAUUUGAACAGCAAAACAAAUACACCCCUCUCUUCAGUGCUCCUUCAGAAGCUCCAUCCCACAAAUUCAUGGACAGGCAUUGCCAAGGUGAACUACACCUGGUUAGCAAACUUGUCUUUUAGGUCUUCGUGGUCAUAAAACCGUUUGCAACUGUUGUAUAGACAAAUGCCAUGAUAAUGUUAGAGUGAAAAACGACACAGCAAGUAAUGUAACAAUGUAAGAAACAUUAGCUAGGUUGUGGAUUAGCAAACUCACUACUGUUGCUGCCAUUAAGCUAACCAGUUGUUAUUAGCUGUCACAAACAUUAGCAAAUGGGACAAAACAAUACAGACCUGGUUCUGUGGUGCAGCAAAAAUAAGUUAAUGUUACCCACCUGUCAAGCAGAAAUAGGGCAAUCCCUUUUCAUGCCUUUCAACUCUCGA